UAAUAUACAAAUUACAAGAUAAAAUGGAUUAAAGAAGUGCAUUGGAUGGUGUGUAAAAAUGAAAGAAUACUUACUUUUGAUCAUUUUAGCAAUUGAAUGAAAGCUGAGCCAUUCUUGCCAUGGCUUCUUCUGCGAUCUCAGCCCCAGCUCCAUCUCUGUACUCCUCUUCUACUCACUCUCCCUCUUUCCCCAUCAGCGGAAUCAAAAGGAGGCUGAAUCUCUGUACUCGUUCCAGUUGUUCCAUUGCAGGCUCCCGAGUUCUGCUCUGUAAUUGGGUGCCUCACUUGGCUCUCGUCACCCCCUUCUCUUCCUGGGCUUGCGGCAUUUCCACCCUUCGCGUUCCUAGAAAAACAGAGAGGAAAACAAAAUGGAAACGUGGAAUUGUGUUUGCUUCUCUCUUUGGAGUUGGAGCUCCGGAGGCGCUUGUGAUUGGGGUGGUAGCUUUGUUGGUGUUUGGUCCCAAGGGUCUUGCCGAGGUUGCUCGCAAUUUGGGGAAAACAUUGCGGGAAUUCCAGCCUACAAUCAAAGAACUCCAGGAAGUGUCACAGGAAUUCAAGAGCACGCUUGAGAAGGAAAUUGGUCUUGAUGACAUAAGAGAUUCAAAUCAGAGCCCGUUCAGGACUGAUAGAACUGCAUCGCGAAGUGGGGUCUAUAAGGAUUCACAGACUAAGACAGAGCCCCCUAAUGGUUCUCCUCAAUCACCAACUGUAGAAUCAAUUGAUAAUAAGUUGAAAGACAUAGAAGAAGGGGAGCCAGCUGAUAUGACGUCUUCUGUCGAAAAUCAAUUAGAAUCCCAAGUGAAAACAGAAGAUGGUUCUCAGUCGUCCCCAACCGAGCAUCCUCAGGUGGAGAAGAUAUAAAGAUCACUGGAAUGCAUAACAGCAUCAGCUAAUGGGUUUUCGGGAAAGCUGAUAGUGAGUGUAAUGGGGGUGUUCUUAUUCCAAACCAAUUUUUGCGAAGUAGAGAUGCACAUAAAGCUUGUUAGGAGUAGACGUUUGCCUAAUCUGCAUUACAAUACGGAGUAAUAAUAAUAAUGCAUGUACCUUGUUUAAUUGUAUCCAUCCAUGCCACGUUUAUUCGUCGUACUUUGGAUUCUUGAGCUGGCUAAUUGUGUUAACCUGUCAAGUAGAACAGAUUUGAAGGUUG